CAUCCGUAUCAGCUGUUUGCGUUCGCUUGCAUUGCGGGAUCUUCUUUCUUCAUAUUUCCAUCGAUAGAAAUGAAAAUAAUGUUUUAAUUCGUGAUUUUAUAAUUGUCACACACUUAUCAAUUCAACACUGUGAAAUUUGUCUGCUUAAUUUCAGUAUGUCGGAUGAUGCAGAGCAGCAGGCUGAGGAGAUUGAAGUGCUGAAGUCCAUCUAUGAAGGUGAUGACAACUUCAAGCAGUUGGAUGCUAAGACUUAUCAUUAUAAAUAUGCUGAUGGGGACAAAUCUUUUAUACUAGAAAUAACUUGGGGGCCUACAUAUCCUACGGAGAAACCUAACUUCAAUGUAGACAUUUUUUACAAUCAACAUUUAUUGCCAUCGGUUAAAGAGAAAAUCCUGAGCGUAGUCAGCAAUGAAGCAGAUCAGUGGUUAGGCUGCGCAAUGACUUACACACUGUUUGAAGCGCUCAAAGAGAAAGCGUCAGAAAUAUUAGCGGAGCAGACUGAAGAAGCAGUGGUCGCUGCUAAAGUUGAGAAGAUAGUGAUUGAUGAUCAGACUGAAUCGAAGAAGCCUGAAAAGCGGGAACAACUGACUAAGGCUCAAAAACGUAGGGCGUGGGAUCGCGCCGAGCUGGGGAGAGGGGGGGAGAAACCCAGGGGGUGGGACUGGGUCGACAUUGUCAAACAUCUCUCGCAAGUUCCCCACCAGCCCGCGUCAUGACACUGAGAAGAUCGUUGGAUGUUUAACUUUAUAGUGGCCGCAUUGGAAGCAAUUGACUUGACUAUGGAAUGUAUAAAAAAUUACGAUGAAACUCUCGUGUCUAUGGUAGGGUCUGUUAGUCAAAUAAAGUUGAAAAGAAUCUCUAUUUCAUAAUAAUUAUGAUUGGUCACAAAUAUAACCAUCGGUUCACUAUUUAAAUCUCAAUUCUAUUAUUAAGCCUAACAGCUGAACGUGGCCUGUCUUUCAAGACUGCUGGCUCUGCCUACCCUGCAAGGGGUAUAGACCUGAUGGUUGCACCCUCCACAGGUAGCACACUUUCCAUUUCAGAGCCCAGGGUCUGCCUUCCGAAUUUUUAUCUCCAUUUGGUCCGGUUAUCAGCGUCUUCACUUUAAAGUCCAUUGCCUAUCAUCUUUUGCGACGUCCAGCCAGGAUUUGAUUUGCCGUGUGGUUCCCGGCACGAAUAGAAAAAAGAAUAGGACCACUCCAUCUCUUUCCCAUGGACGUCGUAAAAGGCGACUAAGGGGUAGGCUUAUAAACUUGGGAUUCUUCUUUUAGGUGAUGGGUGAUGGCUGUCACUAUUUGAAUCUCAAUUCCAUCUUAAAGCCAAACAGCUGAACGUGGCCUAUUAGUCUUUACAAGACUGUUGGCUCUGUCUACCCCGCAAGGGAUAAAGACGUGAUUAUAUGUAUCCAGCCAGGAUCUCUUCGGCCUGUCCGUUAUAUUUGGGCCCGUCGCAGGCGGCAUGGUCAGUUAAAAAAAUACAAGUCAUUACUAAUAAAUAAGACUUGUGUUUGAAUUCACACAACAAGCUAUGAAAUCUAGCGUAAUGCACGAAUAAGUCUUAUCAAUGUUCAUGAAUUUUAGUUUAUAUUAAAAUUACUGGUCCGAUUUUAAGGAAAUUGGACACUUUGAGGUGUAAAAUUUUCUGGAAUUUCCACGGGGACGCGAAUUUAAGUUUAACGUGUCAGGAGCAGCGGUUAUUACCUUGUAUAAAAUAAUUAUUUUGGGUCAAGUUACAUGCCUGAUACUAAUAAUUUAUUGUAGUGUCUUAAAUGCAAUAUUUUUGUGUUCAAUUAUCUGCUAUAAAUUAUAUUUACAGUUUUAUACAUUUAUAUCGAUGUCUACUGCUGAGUUUGUUACUUUUUUUUUAUUUUAAGGUUGUAUUUUAUGUAUAAUACAGUAUUCUAAAUUAUGUCU